AUGUCGUUCGCUAGACAAAUUGGUAAUAUUAUUCCGAGCUUUGCCAGCCGACAAAUUCACUCUUCUUGCCAUCUCUUCGCACCGGUAAGUCUGAAAACAAACCCUAAAAAGAGAAACACGUAUUUUUCAGGUUCCCCUCACUUACACCAGUUACUCGUCGCCGGAAUUCGACCGAAACGCUCCGCUAAUCAUCGUCCACGGCCUUUUCGGCCAAAAACAAAACUGGAACUCGGUCGGGAAGGCGUUGCACCGAAAACUGGAGGCGCCGAUUUACGCUGUCGACGUGCGCAACCACGGCGCGUCUCCCCACGUGGCAACCAUGUCGUACGCCGAAAUGGCCGAAGACCUCGUCGAAUUUAUCGAUAAAGUGCUCGCGGAGACCGGAAAACGGCGAGUGAAUCUGCUGGGACACUCGAUGGGCGGCAAGAUUGUGAUGCGGAUGGCGAUCGACUCGAAGUGGUGCGAUCGCAUUGAAAAGUUGAUUGUGGAGGACGUCUCGCCAAAAGGAUACUCCAGAAGACAUGUCGGUACGCUUUUCUGUGUCAAAAUCCCUAGUUUUUCCAGCAAAAAUAUUCUUUUUUUGCAGAAUUCCGUGCUCUUAUCAAAACCAUGCGUGACGUGGAUCUGCGCCGGAGUCGAAAAGAGAUUCUUGUCGAUUUGGAGUCGAGCAUUCCGGAUUUGGCGAUGCGUCAGUUCAUUUUGACCAAUUUGCAGCCGAAGGGCGGAGAAAUGGAGUGGAAGUGCAACAUUGACGCGAUAGAUAGCCACGUGGAAGAGCUUCUCGGGUAACGCACCAUUCUGUCGAGGGGAAAUUGGAAUAAAUCGAGUGUUUUCAGUGUUUUCUCCUUUUUCUUUAUUUUUUUCCAAAGACGGACUCAAUCUCUCUUGUUUCUGCAGAUACACGCUUCCGGUGGGCAGCUACCGCGGUCCGACGCUCUUUUUGCACGGUUCCAAGUCCGGAUACGUGCCCGACGAUCACAAACCGGAAAUCAAGUGUCUUUUCCCUCAGGUUCACCACUUUUUACCUCGCAAAUCCAAACAAUUGCAAGAUUUCAGGUCGAAUUCGACGCGAUUCCAGACGCCGGUCAUUGGGUGCACGCCGACAAACCACAACUCUUCAUCGAGAGCGUUUUUAGAUUUUUGAAGCCGUAG